AAAAAGACUAAUUAACAGAUCAAAUUGAAUCCGAAUUAUUUAUGUGUUGUGUAAAAAAACAGUUAGAAGCAUGUGAAGCUUGUUUAAUACAAUCUUAGUGUUACCAAAAAAAAAAAAAAAAAAAAAUUGUUUGUGUAUGUGUGUGUUUUGUGUGUGUGAUGUCUUUGUUGCCUGAGAGGCUUACCUCAAUUUAUAUAUAUCAUUAUUGUAGACCAUAAAUAUAUAUAGCUGUACUGUUAUAAGUACACGUUUGUGGAGUUUGUUCUCAUUUAGAUCAUUGCCUAGCUUCAAUUUUUUUUUUCUUUUAGGGAGAGACAGAAGUCUUAAAACCCAAUCAAAUACCACUUGAUUUCUUCACCUUCCAUCUCUCUCUCUCUCUCUCUAUCUCUCUCUCUCUCUCACACACACACAAACACACCUAACUUGAAUUCUAAGUAUAGAUAUCUCUCUAGUCCCCUUUAAAUGACAGCAGACUGAACUCAUUUUUUUUCAUUCAAACAUCAUAAAACCUUGUACUCUCGAACCUGAAUCAUAUUUGAGCUUCUGUGUCAGAGGUUGUUACUCCAAAAUUUUCGUCGGUGUCAUUCGUUUGCACAGAGAGCAUAACUCGUGCAGUAUCGAACACAAAUGGGACGGUUGUCGUGUGGUGUAAAGCAAAAGCUAAGAAAAGGGUUGUGGUCACCGGAAGAAGAUGAGAAACUGUUCAACCACAUUACUAGAUUCGGCGUUGGCUGCUGGAGUUCAGUUCCUAAACUAGCUGAUUUGCAAAGGUGUGGGAAGAGUUGUAGACUGAGAUGGAUAAACUACUUGAGGCCUGAUUUGAAGAGAGGAAUGUUUUCACAGCAAGAGGAAAAUCUCAUAAUUAGUCUACAUGAAGUUUUGGGCAACAGGUGGGCUCAAAUUGCUGCACAAUUGCCUGGAAGAACAGAUAAUGAGAUAAAGAACUUCUGGAACUCGAGUGUGAAGAAGAAGCUAAUGAAGCAAGGAAUCGAUCCACACACACACAAGCCGGUGAAAAAAAUCGAAGCAAGAGAAGUGGAGAGUUCUAAAUUGCCACCACAAUUCAAUGGCGGACUUCAAACUAUAUCAAGCUUAGCAGAAAUCGAGCAAGCAUUUUGUGCUAACAAUACCAGUAUGACUGCGAAUGAGAGCAGAGUAUUAACAGAGGAAUCAACAGAAGAUUGUAAAAGCAAACCAGUGUUUGAUCCAAUAUUCAUGUUUGAUCAUAUCCAAGGAAGUAUGGAUCCAAUGGGGUACAAUUUGAAUCUUCUGAGUCAAUAUCAACAGCAGACUUUAAGACCUUGUGACCAAAAUCCCGACUCUGGUGCUUUUACUUCAUUGUCAACUAUAACAAGUUUUGAUCACGGAAACAUGGGUGAUACAGAUUUUUCUGAUAAUUCAACCUCGGGACUCUGUUCGUUCUUGUUCAACGAGCAAAGGGAAAGUUCGAGCAAUAGCUCAAAUGGUAACAACGGUCACAGCACCGGGUUCCAGAUGAACGACAUGGUGGAAAACGCAGCAUUUUCAUGGGACGAAGAGACAAAGUUGGACAGUUUGUUGCAGUAUCAGUUCAGCGAAAUCAAAUCCGAGGAAUUGAAUCCAGAACCAUGGCAAGAGGGGCAGUUUGGUGCUCACAAUUCAGAAGAUUUCAGUUGCUAUCAUUUGACUUCAUCAUCAGAUGAUCUGCUUGGGCCAAACUUGGAUAUGUUCCAGCAAAUAUGAACUGUAGAGUCCCUUUUUCUUUUUUUACCUCCACACACACACACACACACACACACACACGCACAGAUUGAUGUUGAUAGUACAGAUAAACCCUAGUAAGGUUUGAGGUGAGCUUCUUUGUUUUCAACCCCUUUAUGGUAUUUCACCAUCUGAAUUGUUUAAAUAUAUGAAAUAAUGUUUUUGCAGUUGUACGAGUGAAACUAAUUAUCUGUUUUUAAUUA